AGUACGGGUGGAGCUCAAUGAAUUUGAAAGUUACGAAGAGCAGAGCGACUCGGAGUGCAAGCAUGGGCUCCCGCGGCCCUUCCUGCGCAGCAACCACAAAAAGCAGAUGCAGAAGCUGAUGAAGGCGGCGAAGGAGGGCACCAGAGACGGCCUGGAGAAGACGAAGGCGGCUGUGAAGAGGGGCCGCUCGUUCAUCAGGACCAAGUCCCUCAUCUCCGCAGAUCACAGAUCUGGUCUCGAAGAAGAGCAGAACUUGUUCAUUGAUGUGGACUGCAAGCACCCGGAGGCCGUGUUGCUGCCCAUGCCGGAGGGGCUGUCUCCGCAGCAGGUUGUGAGAAGAUACAUCCUGGGCUCCGUUGUUGACAGUGAAAAGAACUACGUGGAUGCUCUUAAGAGGAUCUUGGAGCAAUACGAGAAGCCGCUGUCCGAGAUGGAGCCGCGGCUGCUGAGCGACAGGAAGCUGAGGACGGUCUUCCACCGCGUCAAGGAGAUCCUGCAGUGCCACUCCAUGUUCCAGAUCGCGCUGGCCAGCCGCGUGGCCGAGUGGGACUCUGUGGAGAUGAUCGGCGACGUCUUCGUGGCCUCGUUUUCCAAGUCCAUGGUGCUGGACGCCUACAGCGAGUACGUGAACAACUUCAGCACCGCCGUCGCGAUCCUCAAGAAGACAUGUGCCACGAAGCCGGCCUUCCUGGAGUUCCUGAAGCAGAGCCAGGAGUCUGGUCCCGACCGGGUCACGCUCUACAGCCUGAUGAUGAAGCCCAUCCAGAGGUUCCCGCAGUUCAUCCUCCUGCUGCAGGACAUGCUGAAGAACACAGCCAAAGGACACCCUGACCGGCUGCCCCUGCAGAUGGCGCUGACGGAGCUGGAAACCCUGGCGGAGAAGCUGAAUGAGAGGAAGAGGGACGCCGAUCAGCGCUGCGAGAUUAAACAGAUAGCGAAAGCCAUCAACGAGAGAUACCUGAACAAGCUCCUGAGCAGUGGGAAUCGGUACCUCAUUCGGUCUGACGACAUGAUAGAGACAGUGUACAAUGACAGAGGGGAGGUCGUGAAAACCAAAGAACGCCGGCUGUUCAUGCUGAACGACGUGCUGAUGUGCGCCACGGUCAGCUCCCGGUAAGAACAUGGCUGCUCCCCCGCGCUCUGGUGUGCGCCACGGUCAGCUCUCGGUAAGAGCACGCCCCUCCCCCGCGCUCUGAUGUGCGCCACGGUCAGCUCUCGGUAAGAGCACGCCCCUCCCCCGCGCUCUGAUGUGCGCCACGGU